GACCGUGUUUUCACAAACCACGGACCUCACGGUUCUGGGAUGUGUCCAGCGGAGAAACAGUGAAGUUAAUCAGGAUCCAGCUUCAUCAUGGUAUACUCUCAGGAUGAUAAGCGGCUGCUGACACACACAAACACACACACACACAUUCUGCUGGAGAGGAUCCUAACAUCACAUCUGGGUUAUUGGGCAGAGAGUCACUCACAAUCUUCUCAAGGAUUUAACGUGUUUCUCCUCCUCGGUGAAGGUGGAGCGGGGAUCAUGUUUUAAACCCGCAGGAGCAACGGAGGCAGAGAUCAAUGACAACAGCGAGCUCACUGAUUGGUCACAGGGCCUGAGUGACAGCCAGACGUUUGCCAGCAAUGGGUCGGAAGUUGGAUUUGUCGGGUCUGACGGACAACGAGGCGGAGCACGUGCUGCAGGUGGUGCAGAGGGACAUGACGUUACGCAAGAAGGAGGAGAAGCGACUCAGUGAACUGAAGCAGGAGCUGGAGGAGGAGGGCAGUCGCUGCCUCCUGCUGUCACGGCAGAGUUGCUUCAACCAGCGCUGCUGCAUCCGCUGCUGCUUGCCCUUCACCUUCCUGUUCAACCCCAAACGCCAGUGCCGCGACUGCCGCUACAACGUCUGCAAGGCCUGCAGGGUCUACGUCAAGCAGGACAAAGCCUGGCUCUGCUCCGCCUGCCAGAAGAGCAGGCUGUUGAAGACUCAGUCACUGGAAUGGUUCUACACUGAUGUGAAGAGGCGCUUCAAGAGAUUUGGCAGCGCCAAAGUGCUGAAGACUCUCUACAGGAAGCACUUGGCUCAGCACAGUGCGCUCUCAGAGCUGACUGAGGGCAGCGCCUACGAGGAGAGCGUCUGCAAUGAGGGCAGCGUCUGUGGGAGCGACUCAACCUUCUACAGACAAAGUGAAGAGCACAGCAUGGCGGAGACGCUCACUGUGGCCUUGCGGGUGGCAGAGGAAGCCAUAGACGAGGCCAUUUCCGAGGCGGAGUACGACACUGCCAGUCAGGAGAAGCAGGAUGAGGCCCACUAUCUGCGGGAGCACAGAGGAGAGCUCAUAGACGAACUGGCUAAAACUAUUGUGCAAAAAAUCAUUAACAGGAAGAAGACUUUGGCUGAGAUGAGGACAGAGUACGACCAGGACUGGCCCCUCGGACAAACCAGCGACCCUCAUCAUCAUCAUCAGUCAACCUGUGAUGAAACCUCCUGCUCGCUCACACACCAACCAGGCCUCUGGAGGUCACACUCUGCCUUCUCCCUGUUGUCCACCGACGCUCCAGGGCUGAUACAAGAAUCUCUGCAAACGUUGAAGAAGGAAGGCAGCGGCUCGACCAUCUCUGCCUGGAAGAGUGUGGACCUCCUCGACAACGCCGGUGUAUCUUCAGUCCUGAAGAGCCCAGACGGGAACUGGAUCGCCCUGCAGAGCACCCAGCUGUCUCGCCCCACCCUGCUGACCCGAAGGAAGAGCCAGGUCUACAGUGCCUUGGAGAGGGAGUCCGGGGUGGUGUCCGCCUACGAAGGCAUGGACUCUGACGACGAGGACAAGCCUGAGCCCGACAGCUCCUGGGGCGCUGCCCUCCAGCAGAUCCACAGGAAGAUGACGGACUGCAACCUGAACCUGCAGGACGCUCAGGACAGUGUGGCGUCCCCGCUGACGAGCCGCAGAGGCAGCAGAGACGCUCUGUUUUCAGACUCUGAGGGGAACAGGAAACCUCAUAAACCUCUGGUCGCUCUGUUUAAGAGGAAGGUGCCUGCGGAGAUCAGGCGACCUUCAGCAUUACGAAGGACGAGUAUCAUUGAUGUGAACUUCAAUGUAGAAGGAGCGACGGAGGAAGAGGAGGAGAGGAGUGGUGUGGAGGCUGAGCCAGAGGGGGGGAAAGCCAGGAGAUCGCGGAGGAAAAGGAAGAGUAAAAAAGUAGCUGCUUCUUCUUCUGUGUCGGAUUUAAACAAGAGAGACAAUGAGUCCCAUCCUAAUUCUGAUGCCCUGACGUCCGACACGUUGACCUGUGAAGCCACGACCCCUGAACCCUUUGACCUCGAGAGCGACCCCACUGGACAUGCAGCGAAUCAGACGGAGGAGGAGCUUGAAUUAGAAUUACAACAGCGUGCUGGCCGAGUUUCAGCAGCUUCCAAUCGAGAGAAGGUGCUCGAGGAAGACAGAAUAUCUGAUGAUGAUGGACAGAGAGAGGAAAGGAGAGAAGGAAGUGAGGAUGGAGAUGACGAGGAGGAGAGGUUGUGGAAGAUGGAAGUCGACUUGGAUGAAGGAAGAAUGGAGAAUGAGAGGCCGGAGGAUGAGAGAGAUUAUGAAGUAGAUGACGAAGAGAUGAAGCACAGAUUGUACAGACUCGUGGCUCAGUCCAGACUCACUUACUUUUCCUCUACCGAUGAUGAGUUGGACAGAGUCGGCCCUAGUGAGGGAGAAUGGGAUGAAGACAAUAACGAGGAAGAGGAGGAGAAGACGGAGGGACUCACUUUCAAACUCUGUCGACUGGAGAGAGAAGUGCGAGCGACGCAGUUCUCCUCCACAGAAGACGAGCUGGACAGACUUGGCGUUAACGAGAGGAAGACAGAGGAGGAGAGUGGGAGCCACGAGGAGCUGGCUGUGAAAGUGUGCAGAUUAGCAAACCAAGUCCAGGCCGUCCAGUGUUCCUCCACAGAGGAGGACGAGCUGGACCGAGCGGGCGGAGACGGAGACGGGGAGCAAGGGAUGGACGAGGAGACGCUGUGGACGUUACAGGCUGAGAAGGCAGUUCAGGCCGCUCAGCUUCGAGAUCUGGCCAGUCUGGUCAGCGCCUCGCAGUUUUCAUCCACCGAGGACGAGCUGGAUAGAGUCGAACAGGACGAGGGGGAGAGAGAGCAGGAGGUGAAGGAAGGAGAGAUGGAGAGCAGCUUCGAGACAGAGGAGGUUUGGGGAGGAGCAGAGGACAACAGGAGAGAAUCAUUCGAAGAUCUGGAUGUGAACAUGUUUGAUUUGAGGGAUGAAAGUGAGGAAACGAAGAGUGAGGAGGAGAAAGCAACGGAUGAGGAUGUUUUGGACGAUGAGAGAGAGAGAGAAAAUCCUGAAACAAGCCAGAUCGAGAUAAGAGAGAGGGUUGAGGAUGAGAUAACAGCCGUAGCAACGCAUGUACGUGAGGACGAGGCUGAAACCUUAAAAGAGACAGGAGGGGGAGACGAGAGGAAAUCAGUGGUUGAAGCUGAGAAAACAGAAGAGACGAUCGACUCAAAUGAGACACGAGUGGAAAAAGACAAUCAGCCAGAGGCAUGGACACUGGACAACAGCAAAAACGAGAAGUUAAAAGAAAGCGAAGAGGCUCAGGAGAGUUGGGAAGCGUCAGCGGACAGUGAGGAGGACGAAGCAGAGUUUGACAGAAUCAUCAGCAGCAUGUUGAUGAUGACUUUAGAGGACAUGCAGGCGGAAACAGCUGCAGAGAACAGGAGAGUAAAUAAAGAGCCGCCGGCCACAGAGGGAGAUGGAAGCAUUAAGAUAAAGGAGGAGAGUGGUGUCACAGAAAAGGUCGCUGAGGCACAAGGUGGAUACGAUUCAGAGGAGACAGGAAGUGUGGAGAAGGUAGAAAAUGUAAAUGAAACAAACGAGCAGGAAGAAAAAGAUGCAGAUCCACGAGAAGGAAUAUGUUUGGAUCACGAGACAAACGAGGCCCAACAGACGUGUGGGGAAAAAGAAGAGGAUGAUGAGGAGCAAGAGGAAGGAGGUGGAGAAAUAGCGAUGGAGCGGAAAAUGAUGGAGGAAGCUGCUGCCGAGUGCGAAAGUAAAGAAAAGGAUGAGAAACUGGAGGAAACUCAGGAAAAGAGGGAUGAAGAGGGUUUUCUGUCACCAGAGGAGAUUCAACAUAGGUAUUCAGCAUCGUCCCUGUGCCGCAUCACCACUCAGGUGCUGAAGGUGCUGAACGCCACUGAGGAGCUGCUGCAGGGAGUCGAGGGAGGAGACGAAGCCCGACCCUCCUCCACCUCCCUGCCCCCAAACACCGACGCCAAGAAGCUGGACCAACAGUUCUCCACACUGGAGGAGAACGUGUAUGUGGCGGCUGGUUCAGUGUUCGGUCUGGAGGCGGAGCUGAGUGACCUGGAGGAGUGUGCCAGGGGAAUCCGCAGCUCCACCUCCGACAUGGAGCUGUCCUUCCUGGAGGAGCAGGUGGCGUCAGCUGCUGCCAAGGUCCAACAGUCGGAACUACAGAUCGGCGACAUCUCUACGAGAAUCGCUGCGUUGAAGAGCGCCGGCCUCAACGUGGACACACAGUCACGCUUCACUAAGGCCAGAUCCAUUCCAGUUAUGCCGGUCACCCUCGACUCAACCAGACAACUGAGGAGGCGACUACCUGCUCCACCAGUGAAAGAGGACAAAGAAAACUAAAUCACGGACCCAGGACCGUUGCAGUACCUCCAACACAGCAGUGCCUUGACCUUUGACCCUGCAGCCUACAAGCCAGUCUUAAAUGAUCCAGUCGGGUUUUAUUUUUGCCUUAAUUUGAUCUUAAACAUACCUCAGUUAAUAUGGGACACUAGUGCUCGACGUAGAUUGUGUGUGGAUGUGCAGGAAAUCAUUGAUUCUGGUGUCGUCUUUAGAAAUGUACAGUGGAUGAAAUGAAUUUAUUUUCGGAUUUGACACCAAUAAGUUUUUUAAAUGUGCAUAUUGAUCCAAAUGUAAGAGGCAGUGCAGCUGAAAUCAGAACAAGACAAUCACACACAUUUGGGCUUUGACUUUUUGGAUAAAAAAAAAAUAAGUAGAUAAGUCCUGUGAAAUGAUUCUGUUACACAGUCAGUGAUAAAAAACAAAGGCCAUGAGUUGGACAUUUAACUUUCUAAUCAAUUGAAGUUUUACAAAUGAUGUGUAGUGACAGAAAAGACACAGCAUCAGCAUUUUACUGUGUCAUGAAUACACAGUUCACACGAGAACAAUUACAGCUUGUUAGACAAAUGUUGAAGGACUGUCUAACAGUGAUAUUAUGGAUGACAUAAACCUGUAUUUUCCGUCUUGUUGUGUAUGUAUUUGUACAGAAAAACAAUCAGUAACUUGUUUACUGCCUUUAUUCUUAAGAACAGAAAAUACAAAAAAAAUUGAAAAGUGGCUCCCCGUUGGAGGAGGAGGAGGGGGGGGGGGGUGUAAAGGUGAGGACUUGACACCUUAAUACGACAUUCCUGCGUCUGAAGUAGGUGUGGGAACGGGAAAGGAACUCCAAACUAACAUAGCAGUAAACAUGAGUGCGUGACCUGAGUAAAGUAAAAACAAGUUUUAUCCAGUUUCCUUCAUGAAAUAAAAACUUUCGCUGGCUCAACAAGUAAACACGAAAGCCAAAGUGUUACAUUAAAACAUCUGAAGUUAACUUUUCCUCUCUGGGCUCGAGUUCUGUCCUUAAGGUGAACUUGAGCAGCAGCUAUAGUGAUGAAACAUUUCAGCAUUGGAGCACGUAGCGCUAACUCCCAUAGAGAACCAGCUCUUUCCCUAGAGCCUUGUGGGACGUGUAGUGUUGGUCAGGAGCUCUCUGAGACCAGGAAGCACUCCCUCUGAUCAGGGACUAUGAAUCCUUCCUUCUGUUCGCUCUCUCUUCUGUCCGACAUCACAAACGACUGCUUGGGGUCGAUGACCACCGAGCCCUCUUUGUCCUGACCGGGCGCCUCCAUCUCGGCGUAGGACGGGUGACCAGACCCUCGUCUGAACUUCAUGAUGGGCCAGCGGGUCGGCCGCCGCUGUGUGAAGGAGAGGACAACGGAUAAUUCAAGAAUCUGGUCUCAAAUCAAUAGAAAUUAUUGAUUUUGGUUGAAUUUGGGAAAGCUGGUACUGCUCCUUCACAGACUUUGUCAGGUACACUUGAACAAGCCAUUACCACCGUUACAAUAAAGAGAUAAACACCUCCAUGAAGAAGAGGCUGGCACUGGAAGUGGGAUGACUGUACACGUACAGCGACAGGAGGACGGCUGCUGCCAUGAAGACCAUCAUCAGGACGAUGCCCGCCAGGAGGCCGACCUGCAGCCGCUCGUCUCCCUCUCCCGUGUCCUCCUCCUCGUCUGCUGCUGCACAGAGGUUAGGGGGGGGGGACUCACUGAGUCACAAUCACAUGGAUUCUGACGCAAAUGUUUUACACUCAGGAAAAUACAAGUAAAUACAAAAAUACUGCAAGUUGCAAAUGAGUAACAAGUUAAAAAUCAAUGUUGAGUUUUUAUCCAUAACUUGGUGUGAUGCAAAAAAUGUUGGUGUGCACACAGAUAAGUGCAAAACACUGUAAGUCAUGCAAUCAUCAUUUCUAAAUAUGGUUGUUUUUAAAAUAUUUGAAAAGCAGUGGAUUCAGUCCCACAUUUUCCCAUUUCAUAAUGACGUCAUUGAUACAAUGUGAUAAAGAACAAUUGUUUAAAUACACUGCAGAUUGUGUCUUUCUCAUUCUAAACAAUCAUACUUUUAUUGAUUCACUUCUAUAAGCUUUAGGUCUAUAGUCCUAUAGGAUGCAUAUAAACUUUACCUCUAUUUUAAAAUGCAGUUUGCAGUAAAAUGUUGGAACAAUUUGUUUUUCCAAAGUGAUCUUCUCACCAAGUUUUGUGAAAGUGCAAUAAAUUAAAUGACUUACGAGCUUCA